CACUAACUAACUCAUCAUUUGACGCCACUUGCGAUCCUAAACACAGAUCAUAAAUCUUAUUGAUACUUUUUCACUCUUUUACUUUCUUCAACUUUCCAAUUUACAGCACUUAAAGGCUAAUUCUACACAUUUAAGCUGAUUGCUUAAUUAUUGUUGUUGUUCUUUUCUUGGGAGUUAGUCAUCUUCAGAUCCAUAUACCCACGCGACGCGCAUUCAUUCCAACGACACAAAUAUCCAGUUCAUCGGUUCUACCUCCUACUAACUAUAUAUCAUCCAAGCUCUUUCUAACUGGCUCUUCGCCCAUUUCGUUACGAUAUCCCAUCACGAUAUUCAUACAAGCUUUGAACCAUCAAUCUGAAUUUAAAAGAUACCCACCUCCAGCUUAACCCAACCGCCUGCCUAGAUUACGCAGUCGGUAACUUAUGAUUUAUUAAGCACAAAGAUACGGACAUGUUAAUGAGCAUUCAGCCAAACGACACACGUCUUUAUGCAAACCGAUAACCCUGAUUCAAGAUGGAAGAGGAGGAUAUUCGUGAGGUUGAAUUAUCGACCAUAGCAGCCAUUUAUCCCGAGUUGCAAGUUAAUGAGGAUGACCCAUACACCUUCUCAAUCGAACUACCUGUAAGCUUGAAUGAGCCAGUCACUGUACUGUUUCCAGCCGCCACCGAGGGCGUACCUCCGGUUGAGCCGGAACAAGCCCAGGUCCCAGCAGCGCCGGUAGUAGAUUCUCACAUGCUAUCCAAUUUGCCAGCUCUGCAAGCCUGCAUCACCCUCCCAGAAGGAUACCCCGAGAAGAAGCCACCCACAGUCUCUCUCUCAACCUCACCUCCAUGGCUAUCCGAGCAAAUAUUGCGCAAGCUUGAAGGCGACGUGGAAGUCCUCUGGGAAGAAAUCGGGCAAGACCAGGUCAUUUUCACGUACAUCGAUAGCCUACAGCAGUCUACUGAGAAUAUUUUUGGUUUGGUUGAUGAUCAGGGGCAGUUGAAAGUUGAUCCACAACACAAGAUUACCAUAUUGGACUACGAUAUCAGAGCCAAGCAAAGAGCUUUCGAAAAGGAGACUUUCGAGUGUGGCAUCUGCCUAGAUCCCAAGAAAGGAAGUGUUUGUCAUAAGAUGCUUUCUUGUGGGCAUGUUUUCUGCGUUCAGUGUCUGCAGAAUUUCUACAACAAUGCCAUCACCACAGGCGACAUAGGUGCUGUCCAGUGUACCGAACCAAAUUGUGCCAAGGAACGAGAAGAUGCCAUCGAAGGCUCCAUGAAGAAGAAGAAGGCAGCCACCUUCAUCAGCCCUAGUGAACUCCUGCAAAUCCCGUUGGAACGAGAGACAGUUAUGCGGUUCGUAAUGUUGAGGCACAAGACUGAGCUUGAAUCGGAUAAGAGCACAGUGUACUGUCCUCGCUCGUGGUGUCAAGGCGCCGCUCGAUCGAAGAAGCACAAGAAGCCUGAGGGACUCGAUUUCGUAGAAGCUUCGGAUGAAGACUCGGACACAGACAAUGUCAAAAAUGCCCAGGCCCGGUUGAAGAAGUCCUCAAAACAGGACCUGCUUGCGAUCUGCGAAGACUGUGGAUUUGCUUUUUGUACAGAAUGUCAACUAUCAUGGCACGGCGAGUUCAAGGCAUGCAUGCCGAAAAAGACCCAGUAUGAUAUCACGGAAGAGGAAAAGGCAUCAUUGGAGUAUGUGAAGUUGCACACGACGCCGUGUCCGACUUGUGGUGCCCCAGUGCAGAAGACGCAAGGCUGCAACCACAUGCGCUGUUUCAGGUGCGCAACACACUUCUGUUACCUAUGCUCAGCUUGGCUUAACCCCUCGAAUCCGUAUCAGCACUUCAACGUUCAACCUUCAGGUGGUUUCAGCGGCUGUUACAUGAGGCUAUGGGAGCUUGAGGGUGGCGAUGGUGACGAUGUUGGAUUGGCCUUCGAGGGUAAUGCUAGAGCUAAUCUGGAUGAUGGACUUGGCCAACUCCUAGUUCAAGUGGACGAACAGGAGUUGGAAGAGCAGCCAGCUCCCGUCCAGCCUCAACCACCAAGGGAGCACCUUAAUGGAAGAGUUGCCGUGGCUCGUGAGGGCCCUCUCGUACUCCGAAUCGAAGGCGAGGCGCUACGGCUACCUGUUCAAGAAGUACCCAUCCAAGGGGUAAUUCGUCGUCAGCAACCCGGCAUUCCAGGUGAUCGUAGAGAAGCCGGUGUAGGCCAGCGAGGAAACCGAGGCGGCAGAGGAGGCAGGGGAGGCAGAGGAGGCAGAGGCGCUGGGGUGAAUCGACAAAACAACCGGAAUCGACCUCAGGGGCAGAACCAACAAUUGAAUAACAACGGUCGCAACCCCCCGAAUGGGAUACGGAUUGACGAAGUACUCCGAGGAGAUGGCCAAAAUGGCCAAAUAGAUCCCCAUCACGCAGCAUGGAUUCGCCAAUUUGUGCGGUUGGCACUCGAGGAUCAGGAAGAUUUGGUCGAAAUCGAUGAGUGAUGACGAGUAGCACGAAAAGCAGUUUUUUGAUAGGUGCAACUCUACUCUAGGUUAGGCAGUAGGCAUGCGAGGCCAUGCGAGGCACGAUAUUCCUAAGAUGGUAACAAGUACGCCCCGAAACGA